AUGGAAGAAUACGAAGUGUUGAAAGUACUGGGAGAGGGAUCCUUUGGCAGAGUUCUCCUAGUUCAUCAUAGAAUCAGUGACCAGAAGUAUGCAAUGAAGGAAAUAAGACUUCCCAUGUCUUCAUCUGAUGUAGAGAACUCUAGGAAGGAAGCUGUUCUUUUGGCUAAAAUGAAACAUCCAAAUAUCGUUGCCUAUAAAGAAUCAUUUGAAGCUGAUGGACAUCUGUAUAUAGUGAUGGAAUAUUGUGAUGAUGGAGAUCUAAUGCAAAAGAUUAAACACCAAAAAGGAAAGUUCUUCCCUGAAGAUACGAUCCUUCACUGGUUUGUGCAGAUGUGCCUGGGUUUGAAGCACAUUCAUGAUAAACGGGUGUUGCACAGAGAUAUCAAAUCCAAGAAUGUCUUCCUCACUCGAAAUGGAAAAGUCAAAUUGGGAGAUUUUGGAUCUGCGCGCCUUCUUGCACAUCCAGUGUCAUAUGCUUGCACAUAUGUGGGAACUCCUUAUUACGUACCUCCAGAAAUAUGGGAAAGCAUGCCGUACAACAACAAAAGUGAUAUAUGGUCUCUGGGAUGCAUUCUUUAUGAGCUGUGCACUCUUAGACAUCCGUUUCAAGCCAACAGCUGGAAACAUCUCAUCCUUAAGAUAUGCAAAGGGUCCUACAAUCCACUACCAUCUCACUAUUCCUAUGAACUUCAUUACUUAAUUAAACAGAUGUUUAAGAGAAAUCCCCAGAAUCGUCCAUCAGCCAGUACUAUUCUUGCAAGAGGCUGCUUAACUAAACUUGUCAAAAAUUGUUUGCCUUCUGAGAUGACAAAUGAGUUUGAGCAGAUAUUAAAGGAAACCAAGAAACAUGAAGGCAAUGCAGCAAGACCAAAGGGUAAUGUCAUGGCUGGUGAAAGCUCAAAUAAUAAAGAAAAUAGGCAAAGUACAGAUCAAAGGAAGCAUAGCCCCUUAGAAAGGAAAAACACUACUAAGGAGUUGAGUGAAAGCACAAAGGAACAAAGGAAAUCUGAUGAAGAGGUAGGAACUUCUGAUGUCCUCCCAGGAAUCACUGAUUUGUCACAUCCCCAUAGGAAGCAAUGGGAAAAGAGGAUAUCCAACACUGUAGUGGAUGUCCUGGAAAAUGCAUCCUUGCUUUCUUCCAGUUUUACAUCUGAAGAGGCUAACAGUGGCUGUGUUGUAAACUACAGUGAAAAUAAGCCACGUAAGCAGUGGAACAAGGAAACUCCUCAGACCCUGAUGAACAUCCUCAGUAACGCAGAUGUCAGCUUAGCAUUCAAAACAUACACUAUUUAUAAACCAGCUGCUGAAAACGUAUUAAGAGGUCCACUUUCUGAUGAAACUGAAGCAUCUGAUGAAGCAGAUGGUGAACAUGAAGCUAUUGCCAUAGAUUCUGAGAGAUUUGAGCCUAGAUCUGAUGAAGAUGACACGUAUGUCCAAAUGACAUCCUCGUAUUUUUGUUUUCUCUGGGACUUCGAGGAAGAUGACCCAGACUGGGUGUCGGAACUGAAAACAGUAUUGAAACACAGCAACUGA